AUGGCUACCCCUAGUGUCCUCGCUUUUGACGCUGAGGGUCGGGCCAUUGACUUUGACUUAUGGAUAGAUGACCUGAAGCUUUUCUUACAGUGCGAUAGGGCAGACGGUCUCUCCCUCUUUGACCUCACUUCUGGUGCCUCUCCUGCCCCUGCUGCUGAUGCUGACGCCACUGUUCGCUCUCAGUGGGCCACGCGCGAUGCUGCUGCACGUCUUGCUGUGCGUCGCCACCUGCCUACCUCUGAGCGUGCGCACUUUAGCCAGUACAAGAGUGCUCUGACCGUGUACGCCGCUGUAGUUGCACGCUACUCCUCCCCUGCCACUGCUACACUGAGCCGCCUCAUGCUACCUCGGUCGGUGCGGCGUCUACCCCUAGCGGGAGACGCCGCCCUGGCAAGGGCAAGGGGGGCACGGGCGCUGGAGGAGCUAGCGGGGGCGGUGGAGGCGGCGGUGGAGGCGGUGGAGGGGGUGGGGGUGGCGGUGGGGGUGGUGGCGGGGGUGGAGGUGUCGGUGGCGGCAGUGGAGGCGGAGGCGGCGGCGGUGGCGGUGGGAGCGGAGGUGGCGGGGGUGGCGGCGGUGGAGGAGGCGGUGGCGGAGGAGGUGGAGCUGGUCGGGGUGGCGCUGCGCAGAGGGUCGGCUCCGGUGGUGGUCAGCGCCGGCUGCAGCAGCAGCCCACUCGUGACAUCCCCCCCCCUCAGCAGCUCCGUGAGUGGUACGCUGCACGCCAGCGGGGUGGGGGUACUGGUCCGUGCACCUACGUCCUCCGCACCGGCGACCGCACGGGUGAGCAGUGCGGGGGUGCGCACUCCACCCAGCGUUGCUUUGGCCGCCUGA